UAUUUAUUUGAUUUUUUAAUCAAACUUCCUGAAAGUUUACUACAUUUUUGAAAGUUUAAGGUCCAAAUCAAAUUCUUGUUCGAAACCGGAAUUGGAUGGACUAUUUGUAAAUUGUACCUUUUAUACCUGAACCUCUAUAGUUUUCAUUACUAAAAUGCAUCGUUGUUUGUGUGGGGUUCAAAGGGGAACGAUCCGUUUGAAGGUCUGGUCCAACAAACGCUACUACGCACCGCCGCCACCAAUGCACAUUAAGGGAUCGAAGGAACCGAUUGAAUCAAAAACCAUAGUUGAAAUCAAGGAGAAGAUGAUGCAGAGGCUGGGCCUGGAGCCUGGUUACAAUCUGCAGCCAAAAUCAAGGGAGCAUCUACUCCAGUACCAACCCAAGGCAGAGGAGUUGCCGCCGCGAGCCAUGCAGGACUCCUUCAGCUCGGCCAUUAUUCCUUUGAGUACGGACCGCCUGAUGCAGGACAAGUAUAUGAACUUCUACGGCCACGUGCGCAUGGGCAGGCUCAUGGAGGACAUGGAUUUGUUUGCGGCCUGGUGCUGUCAUGGACAUCUAAGUGUGCCCACUCUGCCUGAGGGAGUGCACCUGCCAUACACCUUUGUCACUAUCCUGGUGGAUAACAUUGACUUUGCCGCAAACCAUACACUUGGUACCCAUGACAUCCGACUGUCCGGCCACGUCUCCUGGGUGGGCUCCAGUUCCAUGGAGGUUGUGGUGUGGCUGGAGCAGGUGAUCGAUGGUGAGAUCAAUCCGGUCACCCAUGCGCUGUUCCUGAUGGGAGCCAGAAAUGCCACCAACACAGCUGCGGCUGCGGUGAAUCCCAUUGAACCGUCUAAUGAGAAGGAGAAGGUGAUCCUGGCGGGCGGUGCCGAGAGGAAGCGGCGUCGUCAGGAAUGGGUGAGCAGCACCGAACAAUUCCAGCCUACGGUUGAGGAGAUAGCGAUUAUGUCCGAGUUACACAGGACGACCUCGGCCAGGGACACCUUGGAGCUGAAUAAGCGCAAUCUGCCGGAGAACUGUCGCUGGAUGAAGGACUCUUUCCAGACGAACACCACACCCUCGUUUCCGGAACAUCGGAACCAUCAUAACCGGGUCUUUGGCGGCUACCUAAUGCGGACAGCCCUUGAAAUCAGCUGGGUAGCCGUAUUUCUGUACAGCAAGAGUCGUCCCUAUCUGAAGCAAAUCUCCGACAUCGUUUUUCAGAAGCCCGUGCCCGUGGACAGCCUCAUCAAGACGACCGCUUACGUGGUCUACACUUGGCGCAAUUACCUCCAAAUCAGAACGGUAUGCGAUGUAAUCGACAAGAACACAGGCGACCAGGUUACGACCAACACAUUUAACUUCACCUUUGCCGUGUCGGAAGACAUUGUGGUGCCGCAGGUGCUGCCCUUAUCCUUUCACGAAACCAUCUGGUAUACCCACGGUCGGCGUAGGUUCGAAAGCACCGAAGCUUUCAAGGAACAAAGCAAAGACUGCCAUUAGUGUAGAUUCUGAAAACAAGAAACUAGAACAAAACAAUCUUAGAAUUACUUUCACUAGAAUUACCAAUUAUUAAAUUAAUACUAUAUUUAUACUACAAAUGUGA